UCAAGAGGUCGCUGCUGAAUCCGGACGUCGUUUUUGUAUUCAUCCCAGGGAAAAAGGGCAAAAUCCGGGCUAUUUUCAGCGAAAAGGGGUGGAAAAUGAGUGAGAAUCAGAGAGAAAUCGAUGAGAAAACUGAAGAAGAGGUUAGGGAGGCAUUCCCAGACGAAGGUAGGGAUCAUCCCGGGCAGCCGGGGGAUUUUGAAGUGAAUCCCAGCGAGGAGGCUGGACAACAGGGUGAAGCAGGAACUGAGAUUGAGAAAGCAACACCCACGUAUGAGUGGAAGGAGAUAACCAAAGAAUUUUUCGUGGCCAUCAAAGAUCUGCAAAUGGGUGAAUUGAUGCAUCAUGAGCUGUUUGGGCUCUUCGAAGCCAUGUCUGCCAUUGAGAUGAUGGACCCAAAGAUGGAUGCUGGGAUGUCGUGCAAGAAGGAGAAGCCACUGCGCUUCCACACGGCAGUCAGUAAUGGGCAGCUAAAGUUGGAUAAUUUGGAAUUUUCCGAACUAAUUGGAGUCUUUGAUUCCAUCUACGCAUGCCUCGUGAGCUGGCUCGAGGGGCAUUCACUGGCACAGACACUCUUCACCUGCCUCUACAUGCACUUCCCGCAUGCAAUUGAGGAGAAGAGUCUCAAGGCUUUCUGCAUCUCCAUCUACAAGCUAACUGACUACAUCCGGAAGAUUAUCACGCAUGCUUCCGUUUUUGAGGAAGAAGACUUCCAACCGAGUACCUUUGCCUACACCCUGUAUCCCGAUGUGUCAGACACAAAGGCAUGUGCAAUGCUCAAGGAAGCCGAAGAGGAACUCCAGAGGAAGGCAAAAGCAAAUCCGGAGAAUGCCGAAAUUAUUCAAUUUGUAAUUUGCCGACUGAAAUUUGCCCGAAUCCUGCUGCAGAUCUUUGUGAAUUUGUGGCGCAUGAAGAGUACCCCGCUGUCGGAGGUUGAGAUGAAUGAUGUUGCAAGGCAGCUAAGUAGCCUUUCGGACAUAAUUCCAGCCAUGAGGAAGAGUAUUGAGCGUGGAACGCAGCCGGAUGCGAAUUCUGAUGCCCCUAAUCCCAUGGGCUUCUCCCCAAUGGUGAAUCAGAGACUCCUUCCGCCAACCUUUCCGAGGUACACAAAGAUCAAAGAUCGCCAUGAGAGUGUGACCUUCCUGGAGGAGCUCAUCCAGCGCCUCAGGCUCGCAUGCAAAGUCACAAAUUGCACACAUUUCUACACAGCUCUGAACUUCUUCAUGGAUUUCAGCAAAAAGUCCGGACAUUGCCUCCUCUCGCGGAGCAUGCUGCGAUUCAUCUAUUUGAAUCUCUUCAGCAUGAAUUCCUUCACGGAUUACCUGAAGGAAUCAGCGAAGGUCUUCAUUGCCCCACCAGUGCUCAUGUCACGCAAUGCUCUAUCCAGCAAUGCCCAGGCACGUGAAUGCGUUGAAUCCUUCUUCAAUUACACCCCCAACAUGAACACCAUGUACGUCUUCCUUCAAAUUUGUGGCUACAAUCGUGCCCGGCAGCGUGACAAGCUUGCCCGGCUUCUGGAGGAAUUCUCAAAGCUCCAACAGGAAGCUCAGCGCCUGGACACGUAUCUUUACAUGCAGGACUCAAAGUCCGAGACAACAUCGCAGUACUUGGCUUGCUUCGGCACGUGGAUCCUCUAUCAGUGCUUGCGUGCAAUGGAGCUGUAUUUGCUCUCUGGACUGGAAUUGGAGCUCUACAGUGUUCAUGAGUAUCUCUAUAUCUUUUGGUAUCUCUAUGAGUUCCUCUUUGGAUGGAUUGUCUCCUCCCUCACGCGAGCUGAAUCCUUCCUCCUGGAUCAGGACUGUAUUGUUGAUCAGUCAAAACAAGCCAGCAAUUCAAAAUCCCGCAAAGCCAAAUCAAAGAAGAAGAAGGCAAAGCCCUACUUCCGGGAAAUCUUGUACAAUCAAGCCCUGCAGAAUGUCUGCGGGGGCUUCUACAAGGGUCUCACGGGAUUCGUGAAAGAUGGCCGUAUUCAGCAGCCAGCUGCUAUAUUUGACAAUGAAAAAAUUCGCUUUGAUCAUCGUUUUGCCCCAUUUGCAUGCCUCAAGACACCCCCAAUGGUGCCCUAUUUUGAAUUUCGUCUCAUGCGUUCGCACCUCCUGAAGCUCUCAUCAGCUGAACUGUAUCUCGCUGCAGCAAAGCACUUUCAUCAGGGACGCACAAUCCUCGAAUCCAUCCCAAAUCCAGAUGCGGAAAUGCUGGAGAUUCUUCAUGUGACAAAGGUGAAUUAUGUCGUGAUGAAUCUCCUAGCCAAUGGGCACAAGAAGGAUUCAAAGGUACAGCCGGAAUUUGAUUUUUCCCACCACAGAUAUUUUCCCGUAAUUAAGCAGCUGUGAAGUGAAUAAAAGCUAUGAGGAAAUCCCUAACAAUGGGCCUUAUUCAGCGACCAAGAAA